AUGUCUGUUCCCCAUGAGGAUAUGGUCGGUCACGCACAAGAGCUCGAUAUCACGAGGGCAUCUCAACCAUCAUCUCGGCCGCCGAGCAUGGAGCGUCAGACCAAGCUCGCUCACCUCAAGCUGGUCUCAAAGUAUUACGGCUACGCCAACUUUUCAUAUCCUCGCGCCGACGGCACUCCAACCAGGAACCCGUACAGGAGGGCCGGCCAUACGUAUUCAUCAGAGGAUCUCGCCGACUACCAUGGCAAGUUGUCACGUCCGCACACACCAACAAGAAGAGACCGCACCUCCAUCGGCUCACAAAGCUCAAGCGGUUCUGCACCCAGCCUCAUCGACGACCGGACCGACUCGGAGGUGUCACUGGACGACGACUACCAGUACCACGCCUCUGCCUCUCAGCUCUGGGAUACUUUCUGGCCCAGUGAAGAGGGGCAGACUCAGAAGACACCUGAGAAGUCCAAGACUCGGUAUCCGGCAUUGAUCCCGUCGCCACAUAUCCGAAGAGCCAAGAAGACAGGCUGCAUCAACUAUGACGACUAUCCUUUGCCACCGAGGCCUGUCGAGUAUAACAUCCAGGUCAAGCACACUCCACCGCCAAAGCCUCCUACCAGAGACGACCCUGUGACUCAAGCCCAGCCACACGCAGACAUGAGAGACUCCCAGGUCCCUCAAGCCUCCCAAGACCCUGAGGACCCUGAAGAGCCUCGCAGUCAUCCGAUAGCUCGCCGCACCGUCCGUGCCGUCCGCUCUUCCUACAGCAUCUUCCCACGCGCCCAACUCCCGGCGCCGGUUCAUCCCCCGCCUCCUCCACCACGCAUGUCUGCUUUCCCAAAAUCCCCGAGCCUGGCGAAUCUCCGCAGAGGCCAUCGCCCACCACCCAUCCAUCUUCACUCCAUGCCCACUGCCACCGCAGCCCCUCUCUACUCUGCAACCGCGUCCCUCUUCUCCCCCCUCUCAUCACCUCUCUACUCUCCCAACCCUUCGGACUAUACCAGACCUCACACCUCGCAUGGGAGUCGCUUCCCAUCCACCACGGACCUUACCCACCCCCACUCCGCCCCGCUACCGCCUCAUACACCCACCAUGAGUAUGAACACACUGUGCGGCCCGGACACGCCCAAAUCCUUCUUCGACUUUGACUCGGACUCAGAAUCGGACUCGGACGACCCGGAGCCCGAGCACGCCAUCUCCCGCCUCGUCAAGACCCUGCACAAGCGCACUGCCAGCGAGACGCGGCGGAAUGGGAAGGCGGCCGCCUUCGCGGAUGCGCAGCUCCGCAAGGUCCGCGCCGAGACGGAGGCGGAGAGGAUCCGGGAGAACCAAAUGCUAUUUGAGCGGCACAAGAGGUCCGGCGCCGUCUUUGGGCGCAUGUUUGGGCGCGCGCACGGGAGGCCGUCGAACGCCUGA